GAUGGAUCAGAGGCCAUGUCGAUUUUAUUCAUCAACUUUUCUUAGUAAAGUCCUUUGUUACCAUGAAGUUAUUUGUUCUUGCUGCUGCUGCUCUCUCUACCCUUGGCCUCGCUCAGGCACUCAAUCAGCCUCGUUGCCGCACGACCUACAAAGCUGUUAACGGAGAUACUUGUCAAUCAAUCGCUAGUAAGCAUGGUAUUACCAAGGACCAUCUUUCUGAGUGGACCAAGAAGAUCAAUGCCAGUUUUGACUGUGACAAGGUAAAGCCUGGUGAUUCAAUCUGCUUGAAUUAUGAAGGCCCUAUGGAAAAGAGAUCUGUCAAGAAAGCCCCUACCAAGAAGCAUACCACUACCAAAAAGCCUGUUCAUCGCAAAAAGCAUACCACUGCUAAGAAGCCAGCUCAUGCAAAGGACAAACGUGAAGUAGAGGAAUCUACUGGCCACAAGAAGAAGCCUGUCCAUCUCAAAAAGCACACCACCAAGCCUGUGCCUCCUUUCAAGAGUCAUGCUCGUGACUAAUGCCAUUGGUUUUAACUAAUCUAUGGAUUUAAUAAAUCAAAGAAAUGUUUCUUUAUAUUCUU